CUUGAUUCGACCCUGUUCUUGUAAUCAAGCACAUGCAAGCAUAUCCUACAUCACUUGCGGAGAACAUCUACACGCUGUGCGCUCUUGAUUUCUACCCGCACGCGGUGUAGCAGUAAUUUCUCGACCUUCCAAACCGCACCAUAUUCCUCUCCGAUCCAGACAAUAGUGCUUAACGAGUCUUUCAAACACGUACAAUUACCCUUGAGCUCAGACCAGCUUUGAAACAGCGGCAAUAUACGACCAAAUCCCCAGUCGAGUCCGCUAUGGCUCCGAAAGACAAGCCCGCACCAGCACCAGCAGCAGCACAAACAUCCAGAGAUGAGGUAACCGGCCAGAGCGCUCUACCUAUCACACGAAUAAAGAAAAUAAUUCAUCUCGAUGAGGAUAUCGUACAAUGCUCCGGCAAUGCUACGUUCGUAGUCGCAAAAGCUACAGAAAUGUUCAUUCAAUACCUCGCGCAACAAGGGCAUAACGUUGUUAAAUCUGAACGAAAACCGCGUAAGGUUAUUCAAUACAAGGAUCUAGCUACCGCCGUUUCACGAUUCGAUAACCUGGAGUUUCUUGCCGACGUGAUACCCAAAACAACUACCUAUAAACAAUUCAAAGAGAAAAAAGCAAAAGAAGCCAGCAAAGACGCCGCGUUCGAGAAGGGACAGCGCACAUUGAACGGCACAAUACCGUCGAUGAUUAAAGAAAAUGGCGAGGGUGGUCACCAGAAAGCUGAUAAGCCUUCUAUAAGCCCUCGAGCUCCGUCUCUCAGUACGUUGAUGGUUGACCGCACCGUCGAGGCGCAACCAGGAGGAAACGACCGUGACGUCGAAAUGGUAGACCAGUGAUCGAACCAGGCGCAAGUCCUUGUAUAAUUUGAGCUACGCCGUAGACGUUCUUGUUUCUUUUGGGUUUGGAGUUAUUAUCGAGAAUCGCAUGUUUGGCUUUGGUUAUGCACGGAACGGAAACGGAUCGAGGAAAAUCCUGUUGGUCAGCUGCUUUUUGACGCGUGAAUCAUUUAUACCUCAGGUUAGCAUAGCGAGAACA